AUGUCAAUGGCAUGUCAAAGGUAUAUAAACUUUGAGAGAUAUGUUUAUUUAUUUAGUUUUUUAAAAACCUUUUCCGUGUUAUAACUGAUUAUAACUGUACGGAUACAUUCAUAAAAUCGCAUGUAGCGUGAGAUAUCUAUAUUCUGAGAUACAUAAAAACUGUUGAAGUGCUUUUAGUUUUAGUUUAUAGCGUAAUUUGUAAACACGUCUACAUUACUUACGGAUAGUAGGAUUGUAAUUUUAUCCCCCUUUUUCCUGAAGUUGAACGAUGAAGAAGUCAUUUAAUAAUAACGGCCAGGGUUUCGUGUAUUUCAAUAAUAGCUCAAUUCCGAGUCCGAAUUCUUCAGAUACGUCGGACUUUCUAAGUUUUAGUGGUGAAUCUUCACCAGGAGGUUCACCGCAAAACAGGAAUUUUUGCCCUUCCAACUUUAGCAGUCCAGUUGCUACUACCUUUCAUGGAAAGUUGUAUAGGAAUCGUGCAGGUCGCAACUAUCACUUCAAACCAAAUAAAGGAUACGGAGGGCAAUAUCAAAGAAAGCAUGGAUAUAAAGGAGAACCGGUUGAGGAAGUCAGUGUUCCUGGAAAUGGUGGAUAUUCUGAGCAAGCUUUUUACAAAGGUCACCAUCAUAACAAUAACUUUAAAAAUCGCAGACAUAAUAAUUUUAAAUCAGAUGUGUCAGUAUUUUUUGAUCCGUCAUGUCUGGAGGACCCAUGGCAGGAUUUGGAAAAAAGGCAGGCUUCAGAUAAUCAAAUAAAACUCAAUAUUUCCAGUGAUGUAUCUAGUCAGUCUAUUGAAGUUGAAAUGAAGGAAUUCAGUUCUACCGAGGCAAGUUCGAAUGAUUCAGAAGAUGGAUCAGAAGAAAUGGAAAAUUCAUUUUCGUAGCAACAAUUUUAAAUUUAAAGAACUUUUUAGAAAAUAUCAAAUAAAAUAGUGCAAAUAUUAA